CAAAGAAGAAGACGCACAGCCUGUGGAUUUGGCGUAUGCGUACUUGGUCAAAAACAAUACCUAGUCUUUUCAUACAAGGCAUUCUUUCGGUUGCGUGUAAAUGUGUGUUUACAUACAGGGCGGGACUACAGUAAAUUAAGAUAGUUGCUCAGCGAAACGCCAUAUUUGAUUUCAGCUACAAUGGAGGCUUUACCACCAUGGCCCAAGGGGAAGAAGCUGGUUCACCUGGAUCUGAAAGGAGCCCCUCCUAGAAUUGAUUACCUGCACAAGCUGAUUGGUAUUUUUGCUGGUCUGGGUGCUGACGGUCUAUUGGUGGAGUAUGAAGACAUGUUCCCCUAUGAAGGAGAGCUGAAGGUGCUGCAAUCCACUCAGCAUUCACCAUACAGUCGUGAGGAGGUCCUGUCUAUUCAGGAAGUGGCCAAGUCCCAAGGGUUAGAGGUCAUUCCUCUGGUGCAGACGUUUGGACACAUGGAGUUUGUGUUGAAGCACAAGUCGUUGUGGGGGCUGAGGGAGGUGGGCCACUGCCUGGGCACUCUGAACCCCCACAGAGAGGAGGGUGUGAGGCUGGUAGAGGAGAUGCUUCGCCAGGUGGUGGAGCUCCACCCAGGCAGCACCAGCCUGCACAUUGGAGCUGAUGAGGUCUACCUGCUAGGUGAGGGGGAGGAGUCUAGACGCUGGCUGAGCACACCUGGCCGUACGGUACAGCAGCUGUUCCUCAGUCACGUGACUAGGGUAGCAAAGGGCGUCAGGGAGGCGUGGCCUAACCUCAACAUGAUCAUGUGGGACGACAUGCUGAGAGGGAUGGACCACAACACACUGAAAGGCAGUGGUCUAGUAGGAUUGGUCCAGCUGAUGCUGUGGGACUACAACCCCACCCUAGAUGUGGAAAACACUGUAAAUCUAUUGGAGAGGUACAGUGGUGCAGGGCUGUCAGAACUAUGGGCAGCCAGUGCCUUCAAAGGCUCUACUACCGUCCACACCUGUGUGACCAGCACACAGAGACAUGUGGACAACCAUCUACAGUGGCUACAGGUGGCAGCAGCCCAGCCUGAAGGCAUACACAUGCUGGGCAUUGCCCUCACUGGCUGGCAGAGGUAUGACCACCUGUCUGUGCUAUGUGAGUUGCUGCCCUUAGCUCUGCCCUCCCUGGCCUCCUGUCUACAGAUACUCACACAUGGCCAGUUCAGCCCGGAGGCUCAGAGCAGGGUGACAGAGAGUUUGGGUAUCUCUUCUGUAGAGGUGGAAACCAUGGAAAGCUCCUCUACAGGUGACUCUGAGCUGUUUCCAGGGAGGAGGUUGGCAGAGCUGGUCGUGGAACUAACAGCAAUACUGCAGUCAGAAGAACUCCGCCAUUUUGAAGACAACAUGUUUGUGAGAGGCUGGUUCACUCCUUACCACAGACAGAGAAAGACAGUCAGCCCUCUUAUUGCUCAACAGUUACAGAGUCAAGCCAUGACAUUGUUGGCUCUUGUGGAGCAGAGAGUGGCGAUGGUGAGGAAGGAGAUGGUGCGUCUGUACCCAGCCUCCACAGCCCAGGAGUGGGUAGAGCAGCAUGUCAGCCCCGUGGUGGCUCCCCUCCAGAGGGUCCUGGUGGACACCAGAGCCAGCCUACUGGAGAUGGUACCCCAAAACGUCUCAGCUUCUAUGGGUUCAAAGUCCCCCUCUUCUUCUGAGUCAGUGCUGGGGUCCAGUUAAUCUUCCUCCCUGACUGCCUCUUCCUCCAUGACUACCGCCUCCUCUUCCUCCUGCUCCCAGCGAUACUGGAGCUCCUCCAGACCCAGGAAACGCUUGAGCAAUGAAGCCACUGCCUCCACAUCACUGACGGAGAGGGGGAAAGAACAGGAUCAAACAACUAGUAGUGAUCAAGAAUAGACAGCAUUAAUAUUUUGACAAUCAAAACACUCAAUACAUUUGUCUGAUUUUA